AUGUCAAUCGUUCCGGAGAUAUUAUCAAUGACUAGUAAUAAAGAUAAUGUGUCUAAUGUAGAAACUCUUAAACUUGGUGCACCAUCUUCAAUCUCACAAGUUCUUCGCGGGCACUUGCUUCCGGAAAAUAUUCCACUGAUUUCACUCCCUCAUUCGUUAGAUACCAUUUCCUCUUACUUAGAUGCUUUUUUGUUUAAAAAUAGACCUGCCCCAAUAUUGAUUCUCAAUCUGUUGCGAGAUAUGAUUUCUUCCUUCGACUCGUGUUUAAUUGAAGAAAAGGAAAUUUUGUUGUCUUUGAUCUUUCCAAAGGUGGUUCGAUUUCUGAAUCUGAAUCCCCUUCAAAAAGAUCUUGUUUGUGCAGAUUUAGAAAAAUUGCUGUUGAAGUUUUCAAUUUCCAUUUGUAAGCAUCAUCAACCGUGCCAUGUUGAUUCGUACUCCAAAUCCUUGCCCAUUUUUUGGCUUCAUCUGAGUAGCCUUACGAUCGCCGAGUUACCGGAUCCAUCAAAUGUUGAUCCGAACAAUCUAAACGAUCUGUUUCGGCUGUAUAUGCAGACAAACAAAUCCGUUAUCUUCUUUGAAGUUAUCCCAAAAAAUCUUUUGUUCAAUAAUGAUAAGCUACUUACCACCAUACUAGAAUCUAGUUUGGGGGAAGAGUUGAUUGAUUCUUCUCACUGUCCAAUCCUUUUAAAGUGCCUGAAAAACGUCUCUGAUACCGACUUUACGAACCAAUCUGAUUUUGUUAGGAUCCAUCCGUCUUCGAUCCCCAAGCAGAAAGCUCUUAGCUCGAUUUUCAAGGGAUUUAUCCCUCUAAUACCCUGGACACUAAAAAAAAUCGAAUCUACUUCCCCCUGUUUCAAAAUCCUAACUCAGCAACCGGAUGGUGGUGUUGAUCCAGAGUCUCUCCAAAGCCUCCUCAGUAUUAUAAA